UAAUGAUUGUAUGUGUCUCCAGGAUCCAGGAGGAGCACGCGGUGAUGGCGAUGACGCUGAACGCGGCCGACACGCUGCUGCUGCUCAACGUGGCCAACCAGGGCGUGCACCUCUGGGACAUACGCGCGCGUGCAUUAGUGCGGCGCUUCCGCGGCUUGAGUCAAGGCCACUUCACCAUCCACGCCUGCUUCGGCGGCGCGCACCACGACUUCGUGGCCUCCGGCAGCGAAGAUAACAAGGUGUACAUCUGGCACAUAAACGGCGAGGAGCCGAUCGCGGUGAUCUCGGGACACACGCGCUGCGUCAACGCCGUGGCGUGGAACCCGGCGCACCACGACGCGCUCGCCUCGGCCUCCGACGACUACUCGCUGCGGCUGUGGGGCCCGCGCCCCAAGCACUCCUAGGGCCCGCGCCCGGCCCGCCAUCCGACCCCCGUCUGCCCUCUGCGUAGGCAUGCAGAGAGGAAAGGAGAAGAAG